GUCAAAAGAGAAAUAAGAUAAGGGUAAGGGAUUUAUCUUACCCAAAAUCUCCAUGGAAUAAUAAUACCACAUGUAACCAGAGUUACCAUUCCUGUAAGAAGGGAACGAUAUCAUCUUGGAUCAGGGAGAAUCUCGCUUGAAAAACUACUACCAUUAAUGCUUCUAUAAAAGAAAGGAUCAGUCAACCUAAAAAGGUACACCAUAAAUUUCAUAUUGAAUCCUUAUCGGAUAUUUAAUCGUCGAGUACUAACUUGACCGUCGGAGUGCACCCGGCCGGCACCACGCCGGUCAUCACUUCUCUUGUCUUGCAGGAAUUGUCACAGACUCCGGAACGUGUAGAUUUUUGGCAUCAACAGGAUUUGUGAAAGAUAUUUCGGGAAUGACAAUGGAAGAAGUUGCUGAAGGCUAUCUCAACGAGCUUAUUAAUAGAAGCUUGGUCCAAUCAAUAUACCUUGGGGAACUUGCAGCAUACAAAUCGUUUUCCUCAACUCCGUUCAUUACUCAUGUUUGGGUGGAAAAACCUAUAUCCAAGUCGUUGAAUCCUAUAUUAUUCAUUGGUGGGGUUACGUUGUUAAAGGUUUUGGAUCUGAGGGGUGCUUCUUUGGAGAUACUUCUAGAUGAAGUUGGCAAACUAUUUCAUCUCAGGUAUUUAAGCUUGAGGAAAACAAGGGUUAUAACACUUCCGAAAUCCAUAGGUAAACUUGAAAACCUUGAAACUUUGGAUCUCAAAAACAUCUAUGUAACUGAGUUGCCUGUUCAGACCUUAAAGCUCCAGCGUCUUCGUCAUCUCUUGGUGUACCGUGACUUUAAAGCAAUAGUGGGAAUAGAAGGUUUGUCUUCCUUACAAAAACUGUGUUAUAUUGAAGCCAACCGUGAGAAUGGUAGAAUUGUAAUGGGAGAGCUAGGGAGACUGACCCAGCUGAGGAGAUUGGGGAUUAGGGAGUUGAGAAGGGAGGAUGGGAAGGAUUUGUGCUCCUUUUUUGAAAAGCUGAGUAACCUUCAAUCAUUGAACGUUUUUUCUGUAAAAGAGGAGCAGAUUGUUGAUUUUUUAACACUUGUCCUCUCCUCCUGGGUCUCUUCAACGGCUCUAUUUGUGGGGACGUUUAGAAAAUUUGCCGCAUUGGAUAACUUCUCUUCAUAACCUGGUGAGAUUGCGGCUUGCGUACAGCAAGUUAAGGGAUGAUCCAUUGCAAUCCCUUCAAGAAAUUGCGUAUAGCAACUUCUCUAUUUCUGAUAGAAAUUUUACUUUUUGAGGCUUACCAAGGGGAGGAAUUGUUUAUCGAAGCGACAGGGUUUCAGAAGCUUAAGAUAUUAAAGCUUUACCACUUAGAAGGAUUGAGGAGGGUGAGAAUGGAGAAGGGAUCAUUGCCUCAUCUUGAAAAGCUGAUUAUUUGGAACUGUAAGUUGGUGGAAGAGGUACCCACACCCACUGGCAUUCAACAAAUAUUUAUCAGAUAAAUUGAAAAUGACACUGGAUCGAGACAAACAGGGUGGGGAUUAUUGGAAAAUAGCACACAUCCUCAACAUUCAUAUAUCUUGAACUUUCCUGGAUAGUCGUUGGGAAGGAGAUUCUGUAGAGAGAGAGAUGGAGAAGAGUCCUUGCAAAGUUGAGAUCAUUAGUAUUGAUCAGGAUAACUGAUUCGGAGUAUUCCUGGAAGGCAGUUGGGAAGGAAAUUAUAUAGAGAGAGAAAUGGAGAAGAGUCCUUGCAAACUUCUUGUUGAGAUCAUCACUAUCUAAUGUUUUUAUUUUAUUUUUAUGAUUAAGUUGUUGUAUAUUGUGUUACAUUAUACAAUUUAUUAUGUUUGGAGGAGAGUAGUACAAGCAACAGCAUUUCAUUUAUUGUGUUUUUGGAAAAUGCAAAGUUGUUGUUGAGAUCAUCACCUACUGUUCUGAGUUUAUAUUUAUUCAUUGUUAAUUUUUAUGUAAUGCAUUUCAUUUUAUAGAGACAAUGUAUAAAAAAAGUCAAAUUCAAGAACUUGGACUCCAACAAUACUAAUAAGGUUGUCCAAUUGUGUAAUCUGGAUAAAUAAAAUGUUGAACAAUUUAAUAGAAGGUUGCAGUUUUUGUCUUUGAUGUUUGCUAUUUAAGGUAAGGUAGUGUUUCGAGGAGCCCUUCAAGGAGGCACUUUGUUACCGAACAAGCAACGUUGGAGUAAAACGAAAAAAAAAAAAAAACACGUUCGAACAUUGGAGUACAUGGAGCGAUUGAAUAGUCAAGUUUAAAAACUACUGAAAAUUAAUUCAAAAUUCAAACAAUCCAA